AUGUCUCUUGUAUAUCUACAUAUCUUCCUUUUUCUUACAGUUACUCUCUUAUUCGGUAUAGAAACAACAAUUCCUGCUACAUUUUAUUGUAGUCUUCACUUUAUCGUUGACUAUCCACUAUGGACAUUGACAUACACAACACGAGCAGAUCACGAUUAUUUUCGAACAAAUACUUUACUAAGUACUUAUAUCUAUCGAAAUGUAGAAGGACUCAAUGAACUCUACAAUCGUUAUCAUUUUCCGUAUACGUCAAAAACAAAAAAUAUUACUAUACAAUUCUUUGUACAUGGUAUAACAGUCGUGACACGAAAUGUAUGUGAUCAAAAACACACUAAAAACAAUGAUAUAGAGAAUCCUCUACGAGAAUUUUGUUCACCAAAUAUAAAUAGUGAUACACUUUUGGAUCUAAUUGCUCGAUUUGGUGAUUAUGAUAGGAAAACAAGUAAUAACAAACCAGCAUGUCUCUAUUAUGGAUUUACAUCAAGAAAACUUAAAUCACAAAAUAGUAAAGCAACUACAUUAGGAUGGUCAUGGAGAGGACAUCUUUGUACUGAAUUAAAAGAAUUGAGUAGUUGGUCACCAAAAAAUAAAGGUUUUAAUCCUCGAUAUUCUGGUAAUGUGGGUGUUGUUACAGCUAGUUUUGAUGGAAGCGAAGGUGAAAUGACAUUUUUUCAUGAAAUUGGCCAUUCAAUGAAUGCUGAUCAUGAUGAUGCAAAUGAAUUUAAAGAUCGACAACAAGAAUGUAAUCCAUCAGAUGCACAAGGUGGAAGCUAUCUUAUGUAUCCAACCGGUACUGAAGGACUGUUGCCAAAUAAUCGAAUUUAUUCUCAUUGUUCACUUGAUACGAUUUCAAAAUAUACAGAAAUACUUGGUCAAUGGAAGCCAAAAUGUUUGUUAACUACAAAGACAGUUAAAAGCAAAUGUGAUGGUAUUUUUUCAGUAGACGAAAUUUGUGAUGAAUAUGAUUUUUUUUUUCUUCAGUCUGCUGGUUCAUGUUGCAAAUCUUCAUGUCAAUUUCAUUCUGCUGGUCAUCAUUGUCAUCCUGAAAGUGAAUGUAAAAUGUCUAUUAAAUGUUUAGGUACUUCAGCAACUUGUCCUGAUGAUGAUAGAACAUUUUUUAAACCAGAUAAAACUAUUUGUCGUAAUGGUACUUUACUUUGUAUAAAUGGUUCAUGUGAAUUAUCUAUUUGUGCAUUAUAUUCUCUUUUACCAUGUCAAUUAAAAGUAUCUGCGGAUAAAUUAUGUAUGAUUGCUUGUCUACAAAAAGAUGGUUCAUGUGUACCUUAUCAUACAAUUGAUACGAAUUCAGAUUCUUCUAAACCUUUGUAUUUUCCAUAUGGUUCAUUAUGUGAUUCAAAUCGAGGAUAUUGUGAUCAAUCUCAUCAAUGUCUUCCUCUAUUAUUAGAUGAUAAUACAAAUUUAAUUAGUGCUGGAUUUAGUUCUCUUCUUCUUACUAAUUAUUUAACUAUAUUCAAACGUUAUUGGUGGGCAUUCAUAUUAUUUAUUCUCGCUCAAAUUAUUUUAAUUCCAAUUGGUCUAUUAUACUUUCGUAGUCAUUGUAUUCCUUCAGAUAAUCCUUUUCUUCAAUGA